AUGUCCAGUACCGUGGUGUCUAGAAAGAGGAGAGUCAGCACUGUUACAGAACAGGAGAAUAGUGGAGACGCGAGGAAGCAUAGAAAGAACUCUAAAAGAGAUGACAAGAACUCAUCGACUAAGGAUGGCGAUCCGCAGCUGGAAUUCAAAGUCUUACAGGGGUACAGGGACCUGGAAGGCGAGAUACAUAAGGGUAGGGCUCAAGUGGCCAGGACAGGAGAUAUAGGUGUUGCCAUGAACAAUCUGGAUACUGUAGACACCUUAUUUAACCAGGUUGUUGGCAUACGGAACAAUGGGCUAUUCGCUCAUGAUGCUAGAGCCAUGGUCAGUAUAAGUGAACUGGCCCAGAUAUCGGUGAGGAAUCUAAAGUUCGAUGAUUCAAGGAGCAUGGUCAAUUUAGAGGACAUGGUAAAUUCAAUGAAAAGAUAUAUGUUAAAGGAGCAUUUCAAACUGAAUAACAUCACCGAAAAUAGGAACGAUUUGACACUGGACGCCGAGAAUCGUUCAGAAUCAAACCAGGAACAACAAGAAGGCGAAGAUGAGGACGGGAUUGCGAGUGGUGAUCGUACAAGUAAAAGCACAUCUUCUUUUAAGGCCACCUCCAUGAGGCAUAAUUAUUUACAGCAGUUCUCGCACCACAAUGAUUUCUCCCAGUUUAAUUGGUUUAGGAUGGGUGCCCUCUACAAUGUUGUGAGCAAAGACGCUCCCAUGGUAGACCAUCUGAUGGGACCCCUUUCCGUUGAGAGGAGACUCAAAGUAUCUACCCAACGAAGAAGAAAUAACGACCAAAUCGGUGAAAAAAUCACUGCUGAAAAAAUUACUCAAAAUUCGUUAAAUUCUACACAACAAGAAACUACACCAGAACAGGUAAAGAAAUGCUUUAAAAAACUGUCUAAAAAAAUAGGUCCUGAAGGUUCCAUAAACCUUUUCAAAUUCAUAAUAGACCCAAAUUCAUUCCCCAAGUCCAUCGAAAAUCUCUUUUAUACCAGUUUCUUGAUCAAAGAAGGGAAAUUGAUGAUGGAGCACGACAAGGAAGGUCUACCUACGGUCAGGAUAAAACAAAGCAUAAGUCAUAAUGAUCCGAGGAGCAAAGAAAUUGAAAAGCAAAGACGUCGUGACGCUCAUCAGAACCAUAUUAUUUUCCAAAUGGACAUGCCUACUUGGCGAAAACUAAUCCAAAAAUUCAACAUCACUUCAUCAUUCUUAGAUUAA